AUGCCUGUGCCCGGCAGGAGCACCACCAGCCAGGAGGAGAAGGGACAAGUGCCGCGUUCUUGGUUCCGGUCCCCGCAACAUCCCCGGGGCUCCCUCCCGGCCGGCACCGCCGCUCUCACCCCGGCAAUAAGUGCUGGUUCGCCGGCCCCUUGUCUCUGCCGGGAGAGGGCGGGCGCCCCAUCCUUCCUCGCUGUUGGGGCCGGGGCCGAGGACGAGCCCCCAGGCAGAGGCAGGGACAGGGCAGGCGGGAGCCGCCCCCGCGCGGGGCGGAGGGGGCGCUGGGCACUGGCCCCACUCCCCGCGUAUCCACCCGAGAGGUGGCCCUGCACCGCCUGGAGCCGCAGCCUCUUCCCUUCUCUACCGCCCUCCCUCUCUCCCUCCCCCGUCCCCACCUCUCCUCCAAAACCGCAGGAGCCGCUGCGGCAGCGCUUCACUCUCUCCGGUGCCAGCAGCAGAGCGGGGUGCGUGGAGCUGGCCGCAGGCACGGGCCGGAGCGGGAGCAGCCCCGCAGGGUCCCCGCCGCCCCCCUGCCAUGGCCGGUGUCGCGGCCCAGCGCUGACGAUGCUGCUGGGCGCCCCGCGGCCGGGCGGCUGGGAUCGCGGCCGGGUGGGCGAGAGGCUGCAGGCGGCCCUCGCCGGCCUCCAGGAGCUCCAGGUGCUGCGGGAGAAACAACGGGAGCUGGUGCGGGCCGCCCUGGCCAUGCCGCAGCGGCCAGCGGCGGGCGGAGAACAGCAGCCCCUGUCCGCCCACAGCAAGGAGCACCGUCUGGAGGCCACCCUCUCCGCCCUGAAGGAGCAGCUGUCUCGUUUGAGGAGACAGGAUGUCGGCUUGAAAAGCCACCUGGAUCAGCUAGACCAGAGAAUAAGUGAGUUGAAAUUGGACGUCAGUAAGACCUCCAGUGAGUACUUGGAUAGUGACAGCCGGCCCAGCUCAGGAUUCUAUGACCUGAGUGACGGUGGUUCUUGUUCACUCUCCAAUUCUUGCACCUCAGUGUACAGUGAGUCCAUCUCUUCCUCCCACACCAGUCUUUUGCCCAGCUCUCAACACCCUAAAGCAAGGCUCAGUGUGUUUGACUACCGCCCCAAGUCCGCAGAUGAAACUACUGUGCACACCACCAGCUUCCAGCAGCAGGGAACCUAUGUCAGCAAUGGAUGUUGGAUUGCAGCUAGCAGAGAUGUUUCUGGGACUUCUGCCAGGUCCAGACCAAGGCCAGUUUCCACAGGUGACUUGGAAAGACUCAUUCCAGCAGACGCUAGAUUUCAGAAAGAAAUGGAUCCCACAUCCAUGUUGCCUCAAUACCAUAAUGGAGACAUGCACUUGCUCACUGUGGACCCCAAAUUCCAGAACGACUUGGUCUCCAAGAACGGCAUUGAUGUGUAUCCUUACCCAAGCCCCCUUCAUGCAGUGGCUUUGCAAAGUCCCCUUUUCUCCCUUGUGGGAACAUCCCCCGAAUCAGAUUUCCAUGCUCCUCCCAGCAAACCUAUGCCUGCUAUGACAGGUCCCAGCUUGAUUAAGACUAGGCCAACCACUGAGGCCAAGCCAGGGGGUUACAUCAAUAAAUUACUGCAGCUGAUGAGAUCCAAAGAGAGUGGUCGGGCGGAGACUGGGGAGUGGCUCUCACCGAAGAGCCAGCCAGCUGCAAUGCACCAGAGACUCAUUAUAACCCCCAGCGCCGGUGGAGUGAAAAUCAACAGCAGCAGUAGCCAGCUGGAAAAACAGACGAGUUCUCUGGAAAGCGGCAAAGCUGAAGGAAAGAUGUCAAGAGAGGUGCCAGAGGGAGAAUGUGCCAAGCAGCAGGAGGCCAUGAGCAGUAUGAAUGAAGAGCAGCCAUGCACUCAGCCUGACACAGAGCCAUCAGCUGUGAAUAGUUGUUAUCCUGCCAAGUCCGAAGCAAGGGGCUCUCCUCUGGCAGAAGCAGCAGAGAGCAGCGUGGAGCGCAGUUUGUCCUACUCACAGCUGUGUCAGGAGGACUCCAGCCCAGACACCUGGAGUGCUAAAGUUGUCCCACCCAAAAAACUGCCCAUCAAAUGUUGUGGCAAAGCCAAACUGGCUUAUGCUGGGGGUCAUGAACGAGUGGCACAAGCUGAGUUUGUUCAUGCUCAGUUUGUCCCUGCAGAGUCUCACCAAGUCCGGGUAAAGUUUGCCAGCUCCAAAACAAAGGCAGUGAAGAUAAAGAGGAGGAGCAGUGAAAAAGUGCUUCGUCCUGGGAAGCAAGCCUUCUGCAUGGACAAGGCAAGAGGGUCUCACGGGGCCACCAAGCUGCCCGCUGAGUGGAAUCAGCUCCAAAGACCACAAGGAAUGAAGAGCCUCGCACCGAGACCUUCGUAUCCUAGUGACAUGGCCAGUAGAUCGUGCUCGGAAUCAAGUCUGUUCCCUGUGCAGGUCCGGCUCCCCAUUGUGCUGUCCAGGCCGGAGCUCUACAGAGCCUCUGCCAACACGCUGUAUUCCCUCGAAGCAGCCUGCAUGGACCCAGCCAACAAGAAGAAGCAGCGCAAGUGGCAGUCYGCAGUGGAGAUCUCUGCCAAGGCCCACCCGGCUGGCCUGGCUCACGACUUCGGCCCGGGAGCGCCGAGGCAGCCAGCGAGGAGAGCCGGCAUCCCCACCGUCAGUGUGAGGGYGCACUCCAAGGCCCAGUGCCACGCAGAUUACGCCAAAAGCGAGUCAGACCACUCCGAGUACUCCGCAGAGUGCGCUUCCCUCUUCCACUCCACCAUCGCGGAGACCAGUGAAGGGGAGGUCAGCGAUUUCACAGCCAACCGCUUUGGGGACAGCGAGUCCAGUGAAAGUGACUCAGAUGGCAGCAGUAGCAACACCAGCCCUGCCCUUGACUGUGAUGAACGGGACGAAGGUGAGCUGAUUUGGCCUGAAGAYUCAGUCAGACAAUCCGUGACUGUCCAGGCGUCUUCCAAGCCUCUUCCUCCUUUGCCCAAAAUCUGUCGCAUCAAAGCUUCGAGGGCACUGAAGAAGAAGAUAAGGAGGUUCCAACCUGCCUCUCUGAAGGUCAUGACCAUGGUUUAAGGGAGAGCAAACAUCUGUUUCUUACAGUGAGCCAUCCUGCUGCCAUUCAUCUGCAAAAUGAGAGGACUCAUGUAGAGAAAAACUUUCUUAAAGGAACUGUGAAUAACCCAUGAGUCUACACAAGGGAUCUUGUUCAUGCUGGGACAUAAAUGUCACUGUAUCUAAUUCCCUCUUUUACCAUUUAUUUUGUAAAUAUGAAUCUCUGUGUAUAUUAUAUGAUGACUUUUUUAAUUAUCCUGAAGGGUCACCAUGGUGAAAAUGAAAACAACCUCUGCCAUAAGAUUUUACAGGCAGCUCCUUGGUGUUUUUUUUAACCAUACGCACCCACAGAAUCAGUCCAGACACAAAGACUUGCUAGGAGAAAAGUGUAYUUCCCUGUCAUGAGGAAUUCUUUGCAGUCUGAAGUCCGUAUUAACCAUCUAGCUGUUAUUGUGAUCAUAUGAAAAAGCUCUGUGUUCUACCUAGUUUUACUUUUAUUCAGAUCGACCAUCCCAUACCUUCUCCCAAACAUUGGGAGGAUGAGUCUUCUUCCAUAAAAACAUGUUUAAUCAAGAAGGCAAGUGUAUUCGUGAAUGAGAACAAGACUUCAGUUUGCUUCCUUUUUUCAAAACAGUAUAGGGUUGUUUGUUCAGCCCACUUCUUUACAAUGUUCCAUGUUACUGUUCAUUUAUUGAAUGGAUGAAAGAACAUGAAGGCGAUGUGCCACAGUGUGUGAUUAGCUGGGACUGAGAUUAUAGCUUUGCCCCUGAACUUGCAAACUCAAUAAAUACUAUUUAAUGUAAUUCUGAAAAUUAUGCUUGUCUGACUUUGAUGUCUAAAGAAAAUUAYUCUGGUCUCUAAUGGUGAAAUAGGUCUGUGUUUUUAUGAUCACUCUGCAGAGGGGUUCUUUUAUAUUUUCAGAGGACCACUAGCUUAGUCAGAACCAGGGUCUGCUCACCCUCUACCUCAGGAAAGCUGUUUCAGCAUGUGCUUCUAAAUGAAAGAAUUUGAAAAUGGUAUUUCUAUUGAGGACUGGGUAGUGUUUAACUGACUCACAUGAUGCAGUUUGUCACAAGACACUCGUAAAUUAAAGCAUAUAUAUAUGUGUACAGAAUAUGUUUUGAAUUAAUUUGAGGGCACCGAUGUGAACCUUCUUAUCCAUGUCUAAACUGAAGAAGUUAAUUUUUUGUGUUCAGACAAGCAGUCCUAAUUMUUCUGUCUGAGCACAACAGUCUGGAAGUUGAGCGGAAGUUCACCCUGAAUUUACAAAAGAGCAGGUAUUAUCCUCCCACCCUGUUUCAGUGCCCAGUCUGAAUACUGAAUUCCUGGCCUAGGAGAUCUAGGCAUUACCUCAUUCAGCUGCCUSUACUGGGCCUGAAACAAAAGGCAAGUGCUUUGCAGAAACUGAGUAAAAGAGUGAGUGCUUGUUUACUCCUAGGAUUCAGUGGCAAACAGAAACAUUGAAAGACUAAAUUUUUACCCAAUGCCUUCUAUUCUUUGCAAGCUUUGUUAUGUUUUUUAACCACUCUAUUUUCAAUAUUUUUUGGAAAAAGUGUGUAAAGUCAUUUAAUUCAAGUAUUCUAACUAGCAUGUAACAUCAUCCUUACAGUAACUAGGAAAAUAUUACAUUUUAGUCAGCAGAAUAUGUUUAAACAUUUUUUCAUAGUUCCAAAAGUACUAGACGUAAUCACCCCAGUAGGAUUAAUGGGAGAAUUUCACAGGUCUGGCGGCGGUUUCUUGUUCAGCAUGUCUAGCAAUAAAACAAACAAAAUAAGGAUUUAUGCUUUUUUACUUUCUACACCAUGAAAGGAUUCUUUUUUCCGUCUACACAAAAGGUUUCAUUUGGGGGAGUGUGUCAAAAGUUACAUAUGAUCCUUUAAUCUAUGGAUUUUCUGUGUUGGGGUGGGUUUUAUUGGUUAGCUAGGAAUUUUGAGGGUGUUUUUUCUUGAAGG